CAGUAGUACAGUUGGAUAUGAGCGCGGUCAGGAAUGAACAGUAGAAACUGCAACUCGAUUCCAAGCCCAGUGACGAAUAGACGAGGGGGUUUACACUUAUGGCCCUGACCAUGCGUGUGAAAGUGUUCCCGAGUGUAGAGUGAACACGAAACAGUUCUGAAGAUGAACACGGGAAGAAGACAGCUGUUGUAGUCAAAAAAGAGCAGACAUGCGACGGUGAUUUUGAAACAGGCUUAUACAUCGUGUUAUAUACAUAGAGAAGCACUAGUACGGGCUUUGUUAUUUACUAGACUUCGAUAGAUUAGCUGUGUUAUUGAACACUUUUGAACAUGCAAGCGAUGGAUCCAAUAACCAAGUGGACACCAAAGCAAGUUGUCGACUGGAUGAGAGGUCUGGAUGACAGCCUGCAGCAGUACGUUCCUAACUUUGAGAAGGAGAAGAUCAGUGGUGAGCAGCUGCUCAAGAUCUCCCACCAGGACCUGGAGGAGCUGGGCGUGGCCCGCAUAGGGCACCAGGAGCUGGUGCUGGAGGCUGUGGACCUGCUGUGUGCCCUGAACUAUGGUGUGGAGAGUGACAACCUGAAAGCACUGGUGGUGAGGAUGCGAGCCGCCACCAAUGGUCUGCACAUGUCCACCUCGGAGCGCCGCAAGAGCCCCUCUUAUGACGGCAGCACCUCGCGCAAGCCCCCCAACAACUUUCUCACCUCUGUGGUGGAGCUCAUUGGAGCUGCAAAGAGCCUGCUGGCCUGGCUGGACAGGACACCCCUGACAGGGAUCAGUGACUUCACUGCCACCAAGAACAAGAUCAUUCAGCUUUGCCUGGAUCUCACCACCACAGUUCAACAGGACUGCACCGUUUACGACAUGGAGGAGAAGAUUCUAGAAGUUUCCAAGGUCUUGAACAGCAUCUGUGACCAGACUGUGAGGACAACCUCUGACCCUCUGAUGAGCCAAUCAACAUGUCUGGAUGAAGUCCAGCUCUCUAACAUUAAACCUGGGGAGGGACUGGGUAUGUACAUCAAGUCUACAUAUGACGGUCUACACGUCAUCACCGGGACAACUGAAUAUUCUCCAGCUGAUAUGACGCGGAAAAUCCACGCCGGUGACGAGGUGAUCCAGGUCAAUCAGCAAACAGUGGUGGGCUGGCAGCUGAAGAACCUGGUGUGUAAACUGAGGGAGGACCCUAAAGGUGUGGUGCUGCUCCUGAAGAAGAGACCCACAGGCACCACAGGCUUCACCCCGGCCCCGCUCAAAAACAUGCGCUGGAAGCCCCCCGUAGCACAGAAUACCUCGUCCCUGACCAAAACACAGUCUCCCGCCAGCUCGGCUAACGGUUCAACCAAUAAGGAGAAGCCCGCCAUCUUGGACCUGUACAUCCCCCCUCCUCCCUCAGUGCCCUACACACCACGAGAGGGGAGGACCACUUCAUACAUCAGCAUCAGUAAGAAACCAAAGGGUUCAGAGUCACCCAACUCCUUCCUGGACCUGGAGGGUCGCAGGCGCGUCACCGUCAGAGACCGCGACAAGCUGGCUGUGGUUUACCCUAUCGAGGCCAACGUGGUACAACCCAGGAUGAGGGAGCACAACCAAUCUCGUGGGAAGCAACGUCCUCUCUCUAUGCCCGUGGACACCUGCCUGGGAGUGGGGGAUCCCUAUGCCAGGCCCUUCGCACAAGGACGGAAAGGUGAAGACCUCCUGUACAGAUACCUGAGUAACGAGCGAAUCCCAACCAUCGCUGAGGAGGUGUCGUCAGCAGCGCACCCCUACAGGCCAUCCGGGGAGCGACAGCUGGUCAGAGGGGUGGACCACAUCCGGGGCAGCCUUUACCUGGCCAACGCAGACCUGCACAACAGCGCCACCAUUCCCUACCAGGACACCCCCGGCAAAAAGACCCCAGUAGCCUCCGCUACCAAACGCCCGCCAGCCGAGCCCUCGCUACUGGUGUCUAACUGGCGCUCCAGCAGUGACAUCAUCAACAGAUACAGCCAACCACACAUCCGUUCCUGGUCCUUCUCCCAAGCGGCUUCCUUCCCCAUAUCUCUGGCUCCCUCUAUGGCUACUGAUGACUACAAUCCCGUUUCCCUAAGACAGAAGUCCAGAAGAAAAGCCAGAGGAGGCAAUGUGACAAUGAGCAGGAGAAGGAUCUCGGUCAAAGAACUGGGCCAGCCUGACCACCAGGGUUGGCUCUACAGAAAGAAGGAGAGCAAAGGCUUCCUAGGCUUGAAAUGGAAGAAGUACUGGUUUGUCCUGAAGAAGACCUCUCUGUACUGGUACUCCAGCCAGCUGGCAGAGAAAGCAGAAGGAUACAUCAACCUAACAGACUUCAUGAUAGACAGAGCCAUGGAGUGCAAGAAGAAAUAUGCCAUCAAAGCCUGUCACCCACAAGUCAUGAUGUUUUACUUUGCUGCAGAGAGCAAUGAAGACAUGAAUACUUGGUUGAAUAAGCUUGGACUUGCUUCAAUUCAGUAUGAGUCAACAGAGAGCAACACUGCUGCUGAGUGUUACAGCGAGGCCAGUGAUCACGAGGAGGCUGAGACAACGGAAGCCCCCCCUCCACCCUACUCUGAGGAGAUGAGUCAACAAUCUAUGGAUGUGGGUGUUUCGUCUGGCCAGGGCACGCUCCCUCCUCCUUACUCCUCCCCCCUUCCCAGUGAAGCCAAUGGCUCCCUCUCCUCACCUGUAAGCACCAUGACAUCGCAGAGCUCCGCCUCCUCGCUGGCCAAGCACCGGCAGUCAUGGCUGGACCUUGUUUCGCAGGCCUCCCCUGUUGCCGGGGAAACGCUGGUGUGUUCGGUGGAGGUCCACAGACAUGGCCCUCCACAUGAGGAAGAAGAAGAGGAGCCUCUGGAAAAUGCAGCCAGCGAAGACUCUGCCAUUCCUGAGGGUCAGACUCAGGUGCCAGCACUGAAUUCAGAAGAAGAGUGUCAAACGAACUCAGAUGAGAUGGAGAGACUCUACAUCCAUCUCAAACAGGCCAGUCUCUCCCCAAUUGGAGAACGCAAACCAUCCACCAAGAGGGACUUCAGAGCCUCGUUUAUAAAGCGUUGCAAGAACCAGACCAUUAACGACAAACUGCACGUCAUCAGAACACUGAACAGCACUCUCAAGUCUAAGGAAGCAGACUUGCAGACACUUGAGCAGGUGCUUGCGGACCCUGAACUGACAUCAGACACAUUCAGGGAGUGGAAAGAGGCCAACACCCCCUUGCUGCAGGAUAUAUGUCAAAGCCAUGGCCCCCAGAGGGCAGCAGAGGAACAUGCUCCAGCAGCAGCAGCCGCCAUUUAUGUCCCAGUGGUGGAGACCAGUUUAUAAAGACUGAAAACCAUAAAGAUCGUCAGACUCACUGCCAUAAUCUGCCUGGACCCAGCACUAAGGUCCUCAAGUUGACACAUAUGUGGACAGUUGAUCUAAAUGAGCCUAUUUUUCCCUUAGCUGAGAUGGUGCAAGCAUUUUGGUGUAUUAAUUUAUGUUUGAGUAUUAUUUUUUACUGUUGAGAUAUAAAGAAUGUUUAGUAAGAUACACAAAUGUUUUCAGGCUGUGUGACACAUUUUUAUCUGAAGAAUAGGAAUUGCUUUGAUAUUUUGAAUUGUUGGACAUAUUGAGAAUAUGUAUCCAUCAUUCACUCCAUUUGAAAACACUUUUUGUUCUGUAGAGUAAGUGUUUUAGUACUAGAAAUAACAGCGUUGAACAAGGUUCUGACUUUGUAUGUUCAUAUUAACACCUCAGACGAGCACUACCGCCUUAUGACUUAUGUAGCUACGAUUUUCUUUGGAACUACCCUGGCUUUUAACUUGAUGUGAUCCACAGUUAUGUUGGUGUCAUUCAUGUGUCCACGUGUUACCAUUCAGCACAGCUGGUGAUAUCUACAUGUAUAUAUGUUUCAUGCAGCAAAUACCAGUUGUAUGGACAAGAUUGCAAGUGGCCUAUGUCUAGUAUCGAAUAAUGAAGCCUGGGUAUGUUUUAGCUUUGAUGAAUCUUCUACAUUGUUUUAGCAUUGUAAAUAACAUUGUAAAUAAUUGUAAAGUGUGAUUUAGCCUGUUACAGCGAUUCUGUUUAAAUGUUUAUACUGCGGGCUCUUGUCAGUGUCUGUAAUUAGAGAGUAAUAAAGGAAUGCAUUUAUGCAU